CUGGGCGUCCAUCCAGAAUGGACGAUGACACCGUUCGGACGCUCAUGGCCGGGGGAAAAAUCUAAUUAGAUGGAGGCUCUUGCGCGGUGUGGCAUCGCGCUGGGCUGAUGGCAGGUACGGGUAGGAAAAGCAGCCAGGUGCCUUCCAGACGUCGUCGGGCAAAGACCUCACCGCGCGCUCCCUCGAUAUUACCUCUCUCCACAACAGCACUGCCACAUCGACCACAAGAUAAAAUACCACCUAGGACCACCACCACCACCACCACCGAAAAACAGUCGGAUCGUUAUGGGAUGAGGAGUGUGUCUCUCGCUACAUCUCAGUGCUUGUAGGUGUGAUCGUGUGCCUCCCCUAAUUCUAGUCUAUGUCUUGGCGCAAAUAAAAAAAAAGGCAGAAAAUACAAGUGAAACGAGAGCGGAAAUCAGAUUAAGAGAAAAAGUAUUGUGCUUUGAUUGAUAAUACAUUCCACUCUCGCAAGAAUAUAAGAAAAUUAUUAUGGUAAUGGAGAAUAUACCGCAUCACAGGGAAGGCUGAGUCCUUCUUGAGAGGAAGAAAAUAUAUAUAAAAACAAGUGAGGAAAAUUAAUUAGUGAAAGGAAAUCAGGUGUUCUUCGGCACCUCUGGCCAUGGAAACAAGAAAAUGCGAUCCGUCGUGAAUUUACUUUGUGGCAAAUCGAGGAGGCCCUCGAUUCAGUAAGCGAAGCGAGGGAGAGAAAUCAGAGAGAGAGAUAUGACGGUGCAUGAGAUGAUGGUCGCGGCGGUGAUGAUGAAGAUAACAGCGGGUCAGGUCUGCUUCCUUUGAGGGAAAGAGUGAGGGAAAGAGAGAGAGAGAGAGAAAGUGAGAGUGAAAGCGGAAGAAAAGCGAGAGCUCCCCCCUCCCCUUACCCCCUAUUUUUUUUUUUUCAGUCAGAUUGCCUCCGAGGUCGUGUCCGACGAUAGACGAUUUAAAAAUAAAUAAAAAAUAAAGACGAGUAUUUGGGAAAGAGUAAACAUUGAAGGGUCGUGUGAAGACCUUUCAAGAACAGCCAAAAGAAAAAAACACACUGUUGGCAGAACAUAUCCCCUGGGGGGGUGGUGCAUGCGCGCGCGCGUCUGUGUGUGUGUGUGCGUGCGUGCGUGUGUGGGUGUAUGCAUGGAUGCGUGCGUGAAUGGGCGAGUGAGUGAGUGAGUGCGUGCGUGCGUGGUUGCGUGUAUGCCCACCAAUAGGUCCCAAUUCCUUUAGGGUGAUACCCCCUGCCGCCUGCGGAAGAAGUGAGGAGGACGGGGAGGAGGAGAAGGAAGAGGAAAAAGGACGAACGAUACUCCUGAAGAAGUAGAAGAAGAAGAAGAAGAAGAAGAAGAAGAAGAAGAAACUGCUCCUUGGGCCUUGGGAGCCAGGCUGCCGCCCUCAGGAAUGUAAGACGAAGGAAGGAAGAACCAGUUGGGUCACCCGUUGCAAAAGGGCCUUUUUUUUUCGCAUCCCCCACCGACGCCCCUCACAGCUCCUCCUCCUCCUCCUCCUCUUCCUCCUCUUCCUCCUCCUCCUCCUCUCCUCUUCCCGUCCCCUCUCCUUCUCUCCCCCUACACAGAGGGAGGCACCACUGGAUGGGGGCCAGGCGCCACUGGGGGGGCGGCGCUUCUGCUGAAGGUGGGCGGAGGAGGUGUCGGUGCGGUGACGCCGCCGUAGAGGAAGCAGCAGCGUGACGCCGCCGCCGCUCGGGCGCCCCUUAGUGCCGGGGGCGGUGAGCGGAGGGGGCGCGGACUAAAAAGCACCCAUUGCCACGCAGCAGCAGAGUGAGGGCGGAGGCGGGGCGGUGGUCGGGGGGGAGCGAGGGUACAGCAGCAGGGGUAGUGCCACUGGGGCCGCCACUGCCGCCGGAGGAGCCAGCAGGGCCCUCGGAGCGGUCCUCAGGCGCCGACAGUUCGUGGGUCGGCGAGCCAUCACCGAGCCCCAUGUGAACGUCGACCACCCCGCAAGACGACGUAACAGCCUCGGAGUGGGCAGCUCUAUCACCGCCUCAAUCAUCGUGGAGGAGGAGGAAGACGAACACUCUUCUCCAUUAUGGGAGCGAUCCAGGUGAACCCCCACCAUUUAGCUCUGGCUAUCAGGUAAAACCUGGAGGAUGUCAGCCAUUUGCUUUGUAUGUAACCUCCCAAUCCUGAGUCACCAGGUGGGACUCGUUUGGGAGGGAGGCAAUGGCUACGAUGAGAUCCACAGUGAGAGUUCAUCGCCUAGGCCGAGGGUGGGCCGGCGGGAUUCUUCGGCUCAAAUCACCACCAUCGAGCCGCCGAGGGAGGUGAGGGAGACCUCACCUCCCACAACCCGCCGUCGCCGAUCCUCUCUGGCGCAACUCACAGACAUCCUUCGCGACUGGGGUCGCCGGGAAACGACAGAGCAGCGCUCGACCAGCACCUGCACGUCGAACACCAGCACCCCAGUGGGACCGCUAACCCGUAGGGAGAGUAGAGAUCUUACAAGGAGAGAAUCCCUCGCUGAUAUAGCAAAGUCUUUACCAUGGCGGCGCAGAGACUCCAUGGUGGACGUCCCCCGCAACAAAACCAGGCGGGAAUCUUCGGCCGAAAUGAAAAAGAGAAGACAAAGUGGCACAGACAUAAGAACAGAUAUUGCCAAAUUUCUAGCCAGAAGAGAAAGUGUGGCAGAGAUUCUACGCCGAAGAAGAGACUCUUUAGAACAAGAAAAAAAGGAGCGUCGUGAUUCUACAACACAAGUCUAUCCCAGAUCCUCAAGAAAUAGUAUUGAUAAGACUGCUUCUCCUGACCGACCUGAAAUACACUCCCCUAGGCAUGUUUCCUCUCCCGAACCUAGGGACUUGGUGCCUAGGCCUACCGUUACGACGCAGGCCUCAGCUGAGUCACACGUGUCCCAGACCUCCUUGGUUUCCCAAGUAUCAAGUGGUAAAGACCAGUCAGAACCCGGAAUCAUAGAACCCAGAUCCCCAGUUUCUUCACCCGCUCCUUCGUCACCAACCACUACAAUUCGUCGAGAUUCCACAACCCAAAUCUAUCGUGGGAGAAGAGACUCUCGUCCCCAAGUGUCUCCUGAGAGAGGAUCUGGCAGAGGUAGCAGAGAGCCAUCCCCAAAAUACAGAGGCCUCAGAAGACAAUCAACUGCAAUUGAAGAAGGUCUGCCAAUUCCUGGGUCUAGGAGAGGCUCACGGCCUUUCCUUUCCCCAGACGCCCCAGAGACAGAUGGCCUGUCGAGAAAAGGUCGCAGAGAUUCACUAUCACCUGACUCAGCUGCAGCGGAAGAACUGUCCUUGGGAAGAAAAGCAAGACGAGACUCCAGACCACACUUAUCCCCAGAGGCGAGUGACUCAAAUUCCCGCGAAACAUCUCCCAGAAGUAGGCUGAGACGGCAGUCCACUACAGCUGUAGAGUACCAUGGCAGAGGAAGACGUUCAUCACGGUCCCCUCGAUCUCCAGAUUCCUCAUCCACCUGCUCGUCCAGGGAGCAUUCUCCCAAGGAAAGAGGCCUCCGCAGGCAGUCCACCACAGAGGAAAUUCUCAUCUCCAGAGGAUUUCGCCGUCAGUCUACUACUGAGGAUAUCAUGAGGGCGAGGAACUUCCGGCGCCAGAGCACCCAGAGUGAAGAGAUGUCGAAAUCAAGAGGACGUCGAGAUUCCUGCGCCCAGAUCACAGAUGGGACCAUUGCCACUAUGACAGUUGAGACUUCGUGUGCUUUCUUCGACACUUCCACCCAGACAGGCAAGAAGAAGGGAAGAUCAUCAAAAGGCUCACUCUACGAUAACAACAACUACCAUGAGGAGUGCCUUCGCUGCAACUCGUGCGGCCUCAACCUCACGGGGCCCAACCAGACGCGCGCCCGGCGCUACAAGAACCAGUUCCUGUGCGACCUCCACUUCGCCGACGUCGCCCUCAUGGAGACCUCCGACUUCCUGCAGCAACUGCGCUCCUUCAAGCCCCAGAGUCUGGGGUGCGCCGUCGCCCGCCGCAAGUCCUCCACCACGCUCAUAUUCCCUCUACCUCCGCAGGCCUGUGCUGACGAGUUUUGUAACGGCUACCCCCACAACCUCCUCCCCACCCCCGGGUACUGGAUCGAGUGCGCUGGGACCACCCUCCCCGACGACACCAUUUGGGACGAGUCGGAGCCCGAGCUGGAGGACGGCUCCCCGCAGAGCGACCACCCUGAGAAAUCGGACCAGAACAUCCAGGUGUGCCCCGGGGGCCAGGUGCCCGUCAUCAACGAGCCCUCGCGGCAGAAGACCUGCAUCCAGGAGCAGUACGAACGUAACGGCCAGUUCGAGCUGACCAGCAUCGAACAGGAAACGUACGAGAAGUACUUCUACGGGUCCGAGCACUGGAACUACUUCACCCAAGACGAGGACCUGGGACCUGUCAUCUUGUCUCUCAAGCAGGAGACCUCCAACGGCAGGGACCAGUUCAGGAUCAUGGUGCGGGGGAUCUCCUACACGGUGCACGGUCUGGUGCCGGCGUCGUGCGUCUUCGCCGACCGCUACAACAGGGAGGAGGUCGUGAGGUCCUUCGGGAGGGAGAUCAACCUCAACCCGCCUCUGGUGCUGGGUCAACUGCCCGACAUACCCGAGGAACUGCUCAAAUUAGAUCAGGUAUUCAUCAAAAGCGAACUGAAGGUGGGCGUGGUCUACGUACGAGAAGAACAGUACACAGAGGAGGAGAUUUUGGACAACAACGACACUUCCCCUCUCUUUGAGGAGUUCCUCCAGAUUCUGGGAGAUAAAGUCAGAUUGAAAGGAUUCGACAAGUAUAAGGGAGGUUUGGAUACGGUUCACGACCUAACGGGACUGUAUAGCGUCUACGCUCACUGGAGAAACAUUGAGAUCAUGUUUCACGUUUCUACUUUGCUGCCUUAUGAGAAACAUGAUCCCAGAAGUCAACUUCAAAGAAAACGACACAUCGGAAACGACAUCGUCUGCGUGGUGUUCCUGGAGGCUGACAACACUCCCUUCUCCCCGGCCUGCAUCAAGUCCCACUUCCUCCACACUUUCAUCGUUGUCAGGACGAGUCCCAGGAUCAAAUUCAAACCUACCAGAUACGAGGUGGCAGUGGUGUCGCGGGACGAAGUGGGCGCCUACAAGCCUUACUUGUGGGAGCAGAGCUGCUUCGAGAAGGGCCCCAUGUUCCGGGAAUGGCUCCUGACGAAGAUCGUGAACGGGGAACGGGCGUCGUACUCCGCGCCCAAAUUCGCCCGCAUGCAGGACCGGACCAGAUCGCAGAUGCUGGAAGACCUCGUCAACAACCUGCAGAACCACGCCGAAACCGGACAGAUACCCAAACCUUAUAGACGGGGUUCUUGGCGACCGAUUGGCCACAUGCGUCCUUCCUCACCACUGCUGGACUCAGUGCGGGACUUAUUCGAGGGCCAUGACCAGCUCGCCAAGGACUUCACACGUGCCUUCCACAACAGCGAAAACCAAUUCAACAACAUGCUGUACGAUGUCACCUUCCUGGUCGGGGCCGGCAAGGAGAAAUUCAAGCUCUAUGGCGUGAGGGCGAUACUUGGUGUACGAAGCAGGGUGUUCCAGGAGAUGUUGUACGGGUUCAGUACGGGAUUUGGGUCGCCGCAGGUUUCGGUGGCUGACAUUCUGGCUCGAGCUGUUCCUACACUCCAUUCCCCUUCACACAAACCCAAGAGCUCAAACUUCCUACAGGUACCAGACAUCGAGACCCCUCGGCCCAAGAGCGUGCCUAACUCCCCGAUAGUGAUGCGAGCCUUCUCCAGACUGGGAACACUCACGGCAGGAUGGGGUCGGUCUACCAAAAAGCACGACAGGCUCUCCGUAGAAGACAAGAAAAAGUGGGCCUCCUCGCAAGACUGCUCAGGUAAAGAGGGAAAAGAGAAGCAGGGAGACAAGAACGCUCUGGCUGUUCCGCGACUGAGCGUCUGUGCAGAUGUGGCCAAGGUGGAUCGGGCACGGCUAUGCCAGACGGAGGUACGUGUGACCGUGCCCCAGACCAGCGAACAACGCCAGACCCAAUUCACCAUCAUAGAGUUCGAGCACGACACCCUGCGCAUCCUGCUGGACUACCUGCACACAGGAUCCUGUCCUCUGACCUGCACCUCCAUCCCGGGUCUGAUCUGCGCGGCAGAGCACUACGACUUGCCAGAGCUCCUGCAGGCCUGCUUCCAUCACGCCAAGCAGUUCCUACGCAUCGAAGUGGUAUGCAACAUGCUGAGUAGUCUCGAGAACUACUACUGGAGGUACACAUCAGCCUCAGAGCUCGUCAACAUGAUCCUGGCCUUCGUGGAGACCAGAGCUCCCCAGGUGUUCCAGAGUCCAGACUUCCUGCAACUCUCAGAAUCGAUGGUUCACAUGAUGAUGGCCCGCAACCUGGAAGUGGCCGAGAUCACGAAGUUCGAGGCCAUGUUAGCCUGGGCCAAAAGCAGAGUGAGAAUGAAGGGCGUUUCAAAGGCAGACUCCCGAGUUGAGUUCAGAUGCAUCAUGGAAAGGCUGACGAGGGAACUCAAACCUUACAGAAUAUCACCUCAAGACCUCAUUAAGAUCGUGCUGCCAAGCAAAGCCAUCAAGAAUGAACGAAUCCUGGAGACCCUGAUGUUCCAGGCCAACUCGGGAAUGUACCGCAUCAACGACUCCUACCUGGAGGCCUGCCAACAGCGCCUCCAGAAGCAAGACUCCAAGUUUAGUGAAUGGGAAUCUUUUGACUAUGGCCUAUAGCGAUGGCGCCCUUCCUCCUCCCACAGGGCGACUGUUCCCGAUCCUGACGCUCCAGACGAGAUCGCUUUAGAAGCUCCAGUGAUGACAUCUCUUUGUGCUCUUCUGGAAAAAUAUCUCGAUCGUUCCAUGACAAUUUCUGUUGCUACUCUGGAAACAUCUCUUAAUGCUCUCAUACAGAUUUCUCUUGAUGCUCUUGUGAAGAUUUCUCUUUAUACACUAAAGCUAGCUAACCUAGAUGCUCUCCAGGAGAAUAAGGGUUCUUCUAAUACACUUAAGGGAUUUCUCCAGAUACUAUAGUGAAGAUAUUCUUCUGCUACUCUGAAGGCGAUUUCUCUUUACAUUCUUAGGAAAAUACCUUUUGAUGCUCUAAGAUUACUCUCGAAUGCUCUUAGGGAAAAAUUUCCUGAUACACUGAUUAGAAGCGAUUAAACUGAACGUACAUCACAUUGUUUAAGAGCUGCGCGACUUCGAAUGCUCUCUAAACUUGGCCUUUCAAACUUUGCUACGCCACAGGAUGAUAAUCUCACUCUGUUUCUCACUCUCAAGGAAUCUAACGAAACGACUGUCAUUAGUGUAAAAGAGUUUAGCAAACAUGACUUGCAAUUAACUGAAAAAUAACAUUCAAAUCUUGUUCCGGACGUUCAUCAGGAUGUUUACACUUAAAAUGCACUGAACAUAAAUUAAAUAUUAAAGUAAAAGAUAAUUGAAACUUUUUUAAACGGUGGUGACGAUUUUUGACGCAGCAAAACAACUGUAUAAUGAAUAAUGACGCGGCAAAAUGAGAUCUUUUUUAUUUCAAUAAUGCCACUGAUUGGCCAUUUGUUUACAACAGAUUCCCUUUCAUGUAGCCAUGAAGAUGAGGCAGAGACGUAAUAAUAUAUAUAUAUAUAUAUAUA